CCCCAGUCGCAAACGACACGCAGAAUAGGGAUCACUGUAAAAUAAGUUGAAACAUGGGUAAUAUAGAUUGGACCAGGACUGCGUUUGUGCUUGUUGGGUUAUUCACAACCUGCUUAAGUCAACAGUACACCAGCCAAUGCGACAAAACUCGGAAUGCCCAGCUUCCGUUCUGUGACUCGAGUUUAUCAAUUGAAGCUCGAGUGGCUGACUUAAUUGGUCGAUUGACUGUGGAAGAAAAGAUUGGAUGGAUGGUGCAUGACGCGAAGGGGGCAUCCCAGAAUGUUGACCUUGAUGAUUACUACUGGUGGAAUGAAGGACUUAAGGGAAUCGGUGGUGGUCCUCAAAGUCCUGAGUAUGGGGCACGCUUCAGACCGCCGACCGAGUAUGCUACCGUAUUCCCGCAACCCAUCAACCUGGCCUCAUCUUUUAACAAGGAUCUUUUCCUGGCUGUGGGAAACGCUACGGGGAACGAAGCUAGAGCUUUCUUCAACGUGGGAAACGGUGGGCUGACUUACUGGUCUCCGAACAGCAACAUUUAUCGGGAUCCACGAUGGGGCCGUGGUCACGAGACUCCGGGUGAAGAUCCCCGUCUAAGCAUAGAGUUUGCAAAGGGAAUUGUCCUCGGUUUACAGGGUGAUCAAGCUAAUGGAUUUCUCAAAAACUCCGCCUGCUGUAAACACUUCUCUGCUCACAGCUUGGAAAACGACAGAUUUACAUUUAAUGCCGUCGUCAACGAGCAGGACAUGGCGGACACUUACAUGCCAGUAUUUAAAAGUUGCGUCCAAGAGUCGGAUGUGAGCUGCAUUAUGUGUGCCUAUAACGCAGUUAAUGGCGUACCUGCCUGUGCCGACAAGGGGAUGCUGACUGGAACCAUCCGACAGGAGUGGGGCUUUUCCGGGUUGGAGGAGGCCGCUGCCCUGGCUCGCGUAUCCCUACCCGUUAUACUUUUCGUUGGCAUUGCUGGAGGACAUAAUGGUGUGGAGUACGAAGAACACGAUCGAGCUAACCUAACUCUCCCAGGUUUGCAAUCUGAUCUGAUUCGGGUAGUACUGACCGCUUCCACGGAACCUGUCGUCCUCGUCGUGGUCUCUGGAGGUGUUGUAGAUUUAUCCGAGUGGAAGGAUGACCCAAGGGUGGGUGCCAUCAUCUGGGCAGGUUAUCUUGGCCAAUCAGGCGGUGAGGCUAUUGCUGAGGUCAUCUUUGGAGAAUACAAUCCUUCCGGACGGCUGGCACAAACAUUUUAUUCGAACGAGGUCAUAAAUGAAUUUGAAAAGUAUGAUAUGAACAUGCGACCUCAUGCUGGCUCGUUGGGGAGGACGUACCGUUUCUAUACUGGCCAACCCGUCUACCCAUUCGGCUUUGGGUUGUCCUACACCGCAUUCGAGUAUACAAUUCUGAACCCGCCAGCCUUUGUAUUGAAAACGAUCUCGCAAAAUGCCUUAGAUCAAGAUUGCGCCUUGAUUAUUAACCUGUCUGUCCGGAAUAUUGGGGCACGGGGUGCGGAGCAUUCAGUCCUUUGGUUUGUAUCACCACCUAGUGCUGGUCAAAUGGGAAGACCAAUAAAAAGCCUGCUCGAUUUUGAAAAGCUAGACUAUAUUUUGCCAAACAUGGUGAGGCAAAUCAGUCUCUGCCUGAAUCGAAACCAUUUCCUUUUGGCCAAUGAUGCCGGCGAGUUUGAAGUUGUGAGUGGGGAAUGGCAGCUACAAGUUGGAAAUCUGGAGAGAACCAUUACAGUGUUGAACUAAUUGGAAGAUUUAAAAUUAUAAGGAGAAUUUCAUGUCUUUCUAAUCUUGUCUUUAAUGAUUCUGAUGAGUCCAAUAUAGCAUGCACGUUGUUUGAUCGAAUAAAUAAAUUUAAAUAUGUGAA